AUGGAGUACUACAAGUUUGCCCUGCUGGUGGUCUUCUUGUCCUACAUCGAGCGCUGCUGGUCUGCUUCCUGUGUGGUGGACAGCUUCACAGUUAAGCAGGACUUCGACCCAAAAAAGUAUGCAGGUAAAUGGUACGCCCAGCAGAAGAAAGACCCAGAGGGACUCUUCCUCCAGGACAACAUUUCUGCAGAGUACACCAUUGAUGAAGAUGGAACCAUGACUGCUUCCUCCAAGGGCCGUGUUACACUGUUCGGAUUCUGGGUUGUCUGUGCUGAUAUGGCUGCUCAGUACACAGUGCCUGACCCCACCACCCCUGGCAAGAUGUUCAUGACCUAUCAGGGCCUGGCGAGCUACCUGUCCAGCGGAGGUGACAACUACUGGGUCAUCGAUACCGAUUACGAUAACUACGCCAUCACCUACGCCUGCCGCACGCUGAAGGACGACGGGACCUGCGACGACGGAUACGCUCUGAUUUUCUCCCGUAACCCCCGCGGCCUGCCCCCCGCCAUCCAGCGCAUCGUCCGCCAGAAACAGGACGAAAUCUGCAUGGCCGGCCAGUUCCAGCCUGUGCUCCAAUCAGGAGCGUGCUAAACUCUCUGGGAGAGGUUUCAUCAUCACACUGGGGAGGCUGAGGGAGGACAGGGGACGUGUCUUAAAUCAGCAUUAUAGAGAUUCUAAAAAACAAAACAUUUAUCAGGGAGAAACUGUUCAAUACUCACUGUCUCAAGGGAAACUUGUGUCUGUGAAAAUAAAUAUUUUUUAAACAAAAAAAAGAA